UGACUACAUCGGAUAUCAGCGGUAGGCCUACAAAAGGAGCCUCCCUCCGUCUAGCUGUUGAGCUAAGAUUGAACAAUAGAGAUCAUUAUACAGGAAACACAUUUCACCAAAAGCUUUGAAACAACAUCAUUCCAGCAUGUCAAUCAAGAACGUCGCACUAGUUGGCGCUUCAGGCCAUCUCGGGCCAUCUAUUCUCAAAGCCUUCAAAGCCUCGUCCACAUUGACACCUUUCGUUAUCAACCGAAAGUCGUCCAAGUCCGUCUACCCAGGAACAAACGUGAUCACCGUGCCAGACGACCUCAACGUCUCGGAGCUCGCUAAACUGUUCAACGAGCACGCCAUUGAUGCAGUCGUCACCGCAAUCGCAGGUUCCCUUGUCGACGAGCAGCGAAAGUUCAUCGAUGCCGCCUUCCAAAGCAACGUUAAGCGUGUCAUCCCCGCUGACUUCGGCAGCUGCGAUUCUGCGGAUGAACUCACAAACCAAAUCCUCCCAUUGAUGGACGGCAAGAGGGGCGUUCGUGAAUAUCUAAUUUCCCUGCAAGAACGGGACAGAGAGGGAAGAGAAAAACUUACCUGGACGAGCCUUGUUACUGGCCAUUUCUUUGACUGGGGUCUUGGAAGCGAAUUGUUGAAGUUUGAUGUCAAGAACAGGAAGGUUUAUGUCCUUGACGGAGGAGACAUCUACUUUUCGAACUCAACACUGGAUUUCAUCGCCGACGCGACGGUUCGGGUUCUUGAGCGUCCAAAGGAAACAGCAAACAAGUUAUUGUAUGUCCACAGCCACCAUGUAACGCAGAACCAGAUCACCGAGGUGUUGGAAAAGGUUACAGGAGAUAAGUUCGAAAAAAUUCCACAGGAUAGUCAGAAACUCCUGGAGGUUGCAAGGCCGAAGAUGCUGGAGGGUGAUUUUGAUGCCCGAGAAGAGGUUGUCGCCGUCCACGGUAUUGUAGCUAGCGACUGGGCGGAUAGAGAGACCUUUGCAAAUGAUCUAUUAGGUUUGAAGCUACAGGGACUCGAAGAAGUCGUGAGGGAGGUCGUUAAAGCUGUUGGGUAGCCAUAAUCUUGCUCGAGUAUACCCGCAAAUUUGUUACAGUUACAGCAAUGCUAUCCUUGACAAUAGCACGCUGAGCCAAUGUCACAGAACUGUGGUGUAGCAUUAGAUAUAGAAAUUAGUGCAGCAAUCCACGGCGAUAAAGUCUAAGUUGU